UUUUCUCUUUCUCUUUCUUUUCCAAAACAAAUGAAAAACUCUUUUUUUCUACUCUCUACACCCUACUCUAUAACUAGCUUACUUUUUAUACGUAAAAAUAAUAAAAUAUAGUAAUUUUUAUUAUUGCAUUGAUUUGAAAUUAAGGCUUGUUGGUGUUGGUGGUUGAAUUUGUGUCUUUGUUCUAUUACAUGCACAUGUGCUGAAUUAUUUGGUUUAUGUUACCUUAAUUCAGGUUCUUCAAGACAUACUCAUCAUCAUCAUUGCUUGAAGAUUUGGACUGGAAAAUGGCAGUAUCAUCUGAUAUUCGUGCUUGGGACGAGUUGAUCCCUGAUACCUUGGGGCUGAUUUUCACGAAACUUUCGCUCUGUGAAAGAUUCACCGUGAUCCCAAGGGUCUGCAAAUCAUGGGCCAGUGCUGUAAAUGGUCCUUACUGUUGGCAAGAGAUAGACAUAACUGACUGGUGCAGCUACUCUGAGCCUCCACAAGUUGAGCGGAUGGUUCAGAUGCUGAUUACUAGAAGUUCUGGAUCGCUCCGGAAACUCAGCGUUUCUGGUAUCCAGACUGAGAGGGUUUUCACAUUCAUUGCUGAUAAUGCGGGCUCGCUACAAAACUUACGCCUUCAAAGAUGCAACAUCAACACUUUUGCUGUUGAACAAAUGACCGGAAAGCUUUCUAAGAUUUCAAUCUUAGAUUUGAGCUACUGUCUCAAAAUCUGUAGCAGUGAUAUAGAGACCAUUGGGAAGAACUUGAAACAUCUGGAAGUUUUCUGCCGGAAUAUGCAUCCGGUAGAAACUUCGGGAAAACCAUCAGAAGAUGCAGAAGCACUCGCGAUUGCCUCUACAAUGCCAAAGCUCAAGCGUCUCGAAAUGGCUUACAAUCUCGUCACCAGUGAAGGUGUUUAUAAAAUCCUCUCGUCAUGUCCUAAGCUAGAAAUUUUGGAUUUGAGGGGCUGUUGGGGUGUCAAACUUGACACCGUGUCUGUGCAGCAAAAGUUUCCGAAACUUGCGGUUUUGGGGCCUCAAGUUAUUGGAUAUUACGAGAUGUUGGAAGAUUGCUCGGAUAUCUCGGAUUCUUCUGACUCCGAAUAUGAUGACAGCGACAUGGACGAGUAUGACUAUGAUGAUGACAGCGAUGAUGGCAUUUGGUAUCAUCUAGGAGGGAUUGAAGAGCUAGAGUUCAGGGCUUAUGCAGGAGGUGUCGAAGAUGCUGCAAUGUAUUGGCCUCCAUCCCCAUGAACUGUGUUCUUGUUUCCCUCAGAACUAUGUUUGGUUUUAUGUUUUCUGUAAUUAGUGCUUCUUUGCUUUGGACUUUCUUUAUGCUCCUUGCAUAAAAUGUAUCAAAGAAAAUGAAGCAUUUGGGCUUCUUGUAAGAACUUAAGAUGCUUAUACAUCUUAAGAUAUUUGAAAGUUUCUUAGGUUCUUAUUUUGAUGGAAUAAAGAUAAGUUUGUAUCAUAGGAAAUAAAGAUAUUUUUUUCAAGCCA